AUGAUGGAUCAUAAUGAAAAAACAAUCAAUAAUACUGAAUCAAUUCAUUAUGUUACAAAUUAUGUAACAUUUCCAUCAAUUAAAGAUCCUAUUUAUCCUACAAGUCAACAAAAUAAUUAUAUUCAUAAUAAUAAUGAUUAUUAUCGUAAUCGUCAUCAUCAUGAUCAUCAUCUUCAUCUUCAUCAUCAUUAUGAACAUAAUCAUCUUGAUCCUUCUGAACAAAGAAAUUAUUCAUCUUGUAAUAAUCAAUUACAACAACCUUAUAUACAUUAUACAAUAGAUACAGAUGAACAUCUAUUUCCAAUCAAUGAUACAUCUUCAAUGACUACUACUAAUAAUACAACAUCAUAUAUGGAAGAUAUCAAUGAUAAUGAAUUAUCUUUUAAUCAUAAUGUAACUAAUGUUUCAGCAACUGCUACUGCAGCAGCUGUGGCAGCAGCGGCGGCGGCGGCUGCUGCUGCUGCAUCUGCUGUAGCAGUAACAACUGGAGUUGUUGUCACUCUACAUAAUACAGAUUAUUCUAUCAAUUCUUAUAUUCAUCAACCUAACUUAUCAUCUUCAUCAAAUUAUAAUUAUUAUCAAUAUUAUUUAAAUGAUCCACAAUAUCAACAUCAUCAUGAAUCCAUUGAUUUAUUCACAUUACAUCCUAAUCAUCCAAUACAACAACAACAACAACAACAACAACAAGAUAUUGAAGAUGUUAAUAACAGAAUUGAUACUACUAUUACACCUACUACUUCUAACAAUAAUCAUAGUAGUAAUGAUCCUUUGAAAGCAACAACAAAACAUACUAUUCGACAUUCAAAUGAUAAUCGUAUGAAAUCACAAACAAAAUUAUCUAUUUCUGAUGAUAAUGAUGAUGAUGAUGCUGAUGAAGAUGUAAAAGGUCGAAAUCAAAAUAUACUUAAAUCUGGUAUGUUAUGUCUUAUAUGUGAAGAUAAAGCAACAGGUAAACAUUAUGGUGCUUAUUCAUGUGAUGGAUGUAAAGGAUUUUUUCGACGUUCUGUACGUCGUAAACAUUCAUAUACAUGUCGUCAUAAGAAAAAUUGUACUGUUACAAAAGAUAAACGUAAUCAAUGUAGAUUUUGUCGUUUUCGUAAAUGUUUUCGUGUUGGUAUGAAAGAAUCUGCUGUACAAAAAGAACGUGAUAAAAUAAGUAAUCGUCAUACAACUUAUGAUCCUAAUUCAUCAAUUCAUUCAAGUAUAGAUUUACAAAAAUUAUUACAAGCUGAAGCAAUAGCUAAUUGUGCAAUUCAUCAAAAUUAUAUUAAUAUCACUAAAAGAUCAUCAGAUUUAUAUAAUGAACAAUCAAAUUAUAAAGAAUUACAUGAAAAUAAUUUAGCUAAUAUCAAUGAUAUUUGUGAAUCAAUACGUACUCAAUUAAUAUUUUUAAUUGAAUGGGCUAAAAAUCUAUCCGUAUUCACAUCAUUAACAAUUAAUGAUCAAAUUGCAUUAUUACAAGCACAUGCUGGUGAAAUGCUUAUUCUUGGUGCUAUAUGGCGAUCAAUUACAUUAGGACCAGCAUUGAAUAAAUCAAAUGAAUAUAAAAUAGAAAAAUCAAAAUAUUUUGAACAAAAAACUAAUCAAAAUGAUAAUACAUUUAUCAAUGAUACUAUAGAUGAUAUAACUAUUACUUUGGAUUCAAAUAUUGUUGCUAUGGUUACUACUACUACUAAUGCUACGACGACGACGACGACAACUACAUUAACUCAUUCAUGGAAUACUACUGUUACUACUACUACAACUACUACUACACCAACGACUAAUAAUGGAAAUAGUAAUAAUAAUGGAGAUCAGUCAAUACAAAAGAAUCAAAUCAUUGAUAAUACAAUAGAUACUACUUAUUUACAAUCGAUAAAUUAUGAACCACAAUUUAUUUUAUUAGGUAAUAAUCGUAUUAUAUCAAGACAAAAUCCAUUACCAGAAAUAGCUGAUUUAGCUAAUAUGAUUAUUAAUGAAAUCUAUCAACCAAUACAAAAUUUAUGCUUAGAUGAAAUUGAAAUUGUUUGUUUUAGAGCAAUAAUGUUUUUUGAUCCAAGUUGUGAAUCAUUAUCAGAAAAUGGACGUUUAUUAAUACGUAGUUGUCAAUAUCUAAUACAAAUGGAAUUAAUGAAUAUAAUGAAUGGUAAAUUAUAUUUACCACAAGGUCGUUUCGGUGCAUUAUUAUUAUUAAUACCAGAAUUUCGAUCAGUUACUUAUCAAAUGAUUCAUAAAUUACAAAUUAUACAUCAAAUGGGUUUUACUAAAUUAGAUGGUUUAUUAUCAGAGAUUUUAUUGAAUAAUACAAUAAAUGAAUCAAAUGGUAACAUUGAAUCCAGCCAAGUAAAAUCAUCUAUGAAACAUUCAUUCAAUAAAUAUAUAGUUCAUGAAGAGAAUAAUAAAUCACCAACAAUCUAUUCAAUGCCUAAAUUAUAUUCAACACAUAAUGAUGAUAUUUAUACUUCACAAAUUACUGAGACAUCUACAUCUUUCACCUCCUCCUCCGCCUCUUCCGCUUCUUCCGCCUUUUCCGUUUCUUCAUCUGGAUCUUCAUUAUCAUUAUCAACUGUAUCAUCAAUGACACAUAUUAAUAAUAAUAUACCAAUCAUACAUGAAAUAGAUGAUACAAUAUCAAAUUGCCAUAGAUCAGUAGAUCAAAGGGUAUAA